GCAUCGCCACCACCAGUUGGUAUCACGCCAGCAAUCUGCUCGGACGUUCAGUUCCAUUCAUCCUACCAUACCAUAUAGCCAUAUAGCCCAAUAGCUGAAGUACCCGCGCCUUCCGAGUGUUGAAAAACCAGAUUUCGCUCGAAUCAAGUCUUGUUAGGAACCCGCGAAACUCAACCGUCCGAGGUUUCGGAAAGGGGGUUGUUUGCCUAGCUACCUGUAGAUCCCUUACAAGAAGGGGAGGUCAGACUGAAGUCGCCACCGCCAUCGCCGUCAAUCAACAACAGUAGUGACCUGCUGGGCGACCAAGACAAAAACGGGUCAACCAGAGUGUUUGUGAUAUGCUAAUUAGGUAGGUCGUCUAGAGGAGCUCCGGGGCGGUUGAUGAAUGAACCUGCACCGCAAUCGAAGUGGAAGCAUAUAGCGUAGAGUGCAUCGGGUGACCUGCUGCCGCUGCUAGAUUGCAAUUCCGUGGAAGAAAGCUAAACGAAGAAAAAGUGCAAUUGGCGAGUCGCGAGUCAAGCCUUUAGUGUGUCGUCCGUCUUUGUGUGCCAGCCAAUCGCUUCAAGUGCUUACAAUCCAGAAGAAAAUUGUGUCGUGUUGGCUUCGUUUAACCUGCAAUCUGCAAUCAUCUACGCAAUCAGCUGGAGCUGCAGUGCAUCGAUGUAAUAAUCGGUUUUAGCCGGAGAGAAGAAAAAAAAAACAGAAAUCUACGAAGUCGUCGGACGACCUGCUGCAGCGCGGUUCAGUGUAGCUUUUUAAGGCCAUCGGCGAAGUUUAGUGCAGUCAGUCAGUGACUUAACGUUUUCCAAAUUGUGCAAGAAUUCAAUUCAGUCGAAUUCAGGCUGUUUUGUGUGCGGUGAAUGACCAAAGCGCGGUCGUCAAUUUGGAGGUGUGUUUUUUGUCCGCAGCGAAAUAAGGGGCUCGAGUUAUCUACGCAGCACAUCACAGUCAAAGUGCGUCGUCAACGCACGGGAUAUAUCUACCGCGCGUAACUGAAACUGUUGUUGCCUAGCGUCGAGGGAUUAUCGUUGGAUAGCGCGAGAAAAAGAUUCGGCGACUAUCAUCGAUACCAGGAACCCACCACCCAACCCAUUCAGCAGUUAUCCUUCCAGGUUUAGGUCGGACUCAACGACGCGACGAGGAAGGAGGACACUUCAAACCGUCAACCACCCCACGCGCGCCAUUAUUGUCUGUCAACAAACAACAACAUCAACGACGCCGACGACAGGCGGCUCUGGAUUGUUCUGCUUUUCCAGGCGUAGGAAAACGAGUUCACAGUCUAGCAUAGCAGUGUAGUUAGUGAAACGAAAAAACUGUAGAAUCAGCCGUCGCGGAAGCGACAUCACAAACGACAAACGAAAGUGAUAGACAAGCUCAGAAGCUUGUGUUCCUUUUUUGGGGAAAACCCACGAAUCGGAAGACACUGACGCUUCUGUUAUCGUGAUUGCAACGUUGCAUGGACACAAUGACGAUUUCAGCCAUCCCACCGCAAGAGCCGAUCUGGUGCCUGGAGCGCCGCGAUUCCGGCCACCUCUUCUGGCGACGGGAAUCGUCUAAGGUCAAAUUUCGCUACGACGUCGAAGUGCUCGAGUUCACCAAGGACCCCUGCGAGGACCAGCUGCUCAUCACGGACAGCGAAAUGAAGGACAAAACCGACCACCACCAGCUGUCCAAUAUGCUAGUGGUGUGUGCGACCUGUGUGGCGGCAAUUGCCGUCACGGUUGUGCUACCCUGGUUCCUGAUAGGGUCCGCGUAGAAUGGGGGUCAGUCGGGAACGGGCCCACUUGGUGGGGCAUACGAGAUAUUCAUGAGUAGAUUGAUUAGGUUCAUGAGCGAUCAUCAGUGAUCGAUCGAGCACGCACACACACAAACACACUCACAUACUCACGUGUUAGCUUAGGGAUAUGGAGUAGGAACGAAAGGGCGAAAGAUUGAAGCGUCUUCAUUCGAACGUUUGUCUUUCGACCCUGUCUUGUCAUAGAUUCCUUAGGAAUGCAACGAUUUCCACUUUUUUGUUACCGAGAUAUUUACACCAGAAGCACACGUGUACCUUCGUCAAAAAGUGAGGUUAGGAGCUGGCUUCUUCAGCUGAGAAGCGAUAUUUCUAGUUUUUACAAUGGAUAAGAGUUCUAUUUUAGGGAAGAAGUGCUUUCGGCGGAAAUUUUAUACGAAUUGAUGAUGAUGUAUAUAUAUUUACUAGGAAUCGGAGGAAAUUUUCAGUUUUACCGUAUUAAGGAGUCACCAGUUGCCUUUUUCUUAGAGGAUGUAUCAAACUCGAAUGUUAGGAAAACUCACAACUUACCAAGAAUCAAGAUAAAUAAGCAAACCGUACUCGUGCUUUCAUGUGUAUUUUUAGAGGAAUUUUUCUCAUCAUAUAAACAUAUGGGAACAAACGAAAACAAGGUGUCGCACAGUGGGUAAAAGUGGUGUCAAAAGCGGUCUCAUUGCGGUUCUUCAUGACAUAUAGCUGAUGAAAAAGUCCAGACAAGUUAAAGUUUAUCAGUGGAGAACCUUACAAGCUUGCUCAAUUUAUAAAUAAAUAAAUACUAAACAGUUAAAACAAAAUCAAUUAUUACUAGGAUAGACCUGCGCAGGUUUCUACAGCGAUGUCUUCAGAACAUGGACAGGUCAAUCUUCAGCAGUAGCAUAGAAGUUUUUUUAGAUGAUCGACUGAAGCAAUCAACACCCAGGAUUGGGCUUAAAAAUUUACAUCAUUUAUAUGGAAAUUAUAUCUGAAACCUGCACAGGUCUACACCACAAGCAUCUAGCAUGAUGUUUUGUUGAGACUUUUCAAAUAGUAAUGGUAGGAAUUUGCUUCAGUGGGGCAGAGUAGAUUAACUUUCAUUAUUUGAUGAACUUUAGUGACCAUCUUUUUGCCCACUGUGCACCGAUGCACACCCCCCUCUUUCAGAACGAAUACCGUGGGAAAAAUGCAACGAAAGUAAUUUGUCUGGGUCCACGGACGAGUCGUUUACGGAAACCAUUAAGAGAAAGCAACUCCGCUGAUUUGUUUUGCCAGAGGGGGCUUGUUUUUUUUUCGGGCGUACCAAAAUAACCACCCACAACAAACGUCUUCAACCCGGGCCGUCGUAACGCGCUAUUCUCUGUCUUGUCAGAGGAGAAGGGGAUGCAGAAAAUCAACGCGUAGUAAGGCAUCUGAGUCUGGACGCGCGAUGUGAUGGUCGGUCAUUAUGAGGGAUAAUUUCGGCAAAAUGGUUUUUCUGCGGAGAGUUAAGCCGGGUGCUAAUCUUGUUGCACGCGCCAGACUGGGGGUGAUGAGUUGAUUUUCCCCAUCCCGUGUAAACAAAAUGCGAUCGUUAUGGGUUCGAGGCACUUUUGGAUGCACAGCACAUACCUGAUGGUAGUAAUAGUACUGAAUGACAAGUUUACCAAAACAAAUCUGGUUUUGUGUUUAGAAAGUAACGUACGUUGUUAUGUGUACUAUAGUAGUGAGUAGUUGAUUUCAAAAAUGUUGUUUUAUUAUCGUGAUAGGUAAGACACGGAAAGAGCGAAAGAAAGAUAUUGGGAGUAUUCUUAAGUACCUAAACUCAAUUUUAUAUUUUGAAGGGUUACUGAGUGUGUAUUUCGCUAUCAUUCUUCCAGGACGGGAACGGUUAAAGGUGAUAUUGAACGAAUAUGGUUCGCAAAUAAUUUUAUACAUAUUGUAUGUUAUCAAGUGAUAAUAGUAUUUAGAAAAUGAGAAGCAUGAGAAUAUUAAGCGAAAAUAAAACCAAUAUUUAAUUCUAUAAA